AUGGAGAGACAAUGCAAAAACAUUCCAGCGCCUCUUUUAGGUGUCUUGGAGAAACAGAGGGAUAGCCCAGCACUGCAGCAGCUGCUCGAGCAGCAGGAGCAGCAGCAGCAGCAGCAGCAAGUGCCCCGUUACUUUUGCUGCUUUUUCCCUCCGCCCCCCCUUAACCGCAGGGGCCAAGGCUCCCUUGCUCAGCAGCAAGCGGCAUCCACAUGCACCUGCAGCAGCAGCAGCAGGAGCAGCAGCAGCAGCUGCUGCAGUGGCGCUGAUGACGGCGCCACCUCCCUCCCAAGCAGAGAAAGCGGCAGCAGCAGCAGCAGCAGCAGCAGCGAAGAGAUGUGCAUUGCAUGCACUCUUAACUAUGUAGAGAGCCUCCGCCCUGCUUCGUUUUGUUCUCGUUUCUCUCCCCAGACUUGCCCCAUUCACCUUCAAGACCCUGCUGCUGCUGCUGCUGCUGGAGAUGACUGCAGCAGCAGCAGGUCUUGCUGCAGCAGCGCCAGCGCAGCAAGUUGCUCGUACGCCAAAGCGUAUGCGCAGUACGUACAGCGCGUGCUGUGGCUGCUGCAGCAGGACUUGCAGCUGCAGGAGCCCGCCGUCCUGCAGCACUGGCUGCCGAGUAGUUUGCUGGGAGCGCCUGCGCGGCAGCUGUGCAGCAGCAGCAGCAGCAGCAGCAGCAAUCGCUGCAGCAGCUGCUGCAGCUGCUGGCUGGAGUCGCCCUGCUACUUUCCGGCCCUGUUUUCGCUGCCUCCAGACACCAAGUUUCCUGCGUCUCGGGUGUACAGACAGCAGCUGCUGCACCCUUUCGAUGCUGCUUCUGCUGCUGCUGCUGCUGCUCUUCGCCCCGCGCCUGGCAGCAAGUGCCUUGACCUUUGCUGCGCCCCUGGCAACAAAAUGCUGCUGCUGGCUGCAGCAGUUUCGCCGAGCCCUCCGCGCGCAGCAGCAGCAGCAGCAGUGCCAGCAGCACGGACGCUUGCAGCAGCUACAGCGCCCGAAGCAUCAGUAGCAGUAGCAGCAGCAGCAGCAGCAGCAAACGGGGCUGUGGUAGGCGUGGAUAUCAGCCCUCAGAGAAUGGAGGUCUGCCGCCGCCUCCUCAGAAAAAAUGGCUGCAGCAGCGGCCUGCUUGUCUUGUGUGACGGCCGCAAAUUUGGAAGCACCAGCUGCUGCAGUUGCAGCAGCAGCAGCAGCAGCAGCAGCAGCGGCCAAGGCGCUCAGGGGACACCCACAGAUGCAGAAGCAGCAGAAAGCAAAACAGCAAGUUCAGCACCAAGUGCAGCAACGAGCGCAGCAGCAAGUGCAGCACCAAGCGCAGCACCAAGUGCAGCAGCAAGUACAGCAACAAGUGCUGCAGCACAUAGAAGCCCUGGAAAGGGGAGGCUGGCAAGGAAGAAAGAAAGGAGAAGAAAGGAGGCCCAAGAA